AUGAAAUUAUACGAGUUGAAAUUCAUUUGUUUCUUUGUUGAAGAAUUGUUUAAGAUGAUGAAAUUCAUUUGUUUCUUUGUUGAAGACUUAUUUAAGAUGACUAUAUGUGACUCUUUUCACUUAUGCAUCAUGAAUAGGGAUGGUGUUAGAGUGAAGGGAUAUUUUGCAUGGGCAUUGAUGGACAACUUUGAAUGGAAUUCGGGAUACACGAUUCGUUUUGGCCUCAACUACAUAGAUUACAAAGAUAACUUGAAAAGAUACCCAAAACUUUCUGUCCGAUGGUUCAGAAAUUUCUUAAGAAAAUAA